AUGGCGACGGUGCCCCUAAUGAAGAAGACGAUGGCAGAGUUUCUGGGGACGUUCAUUCUGAUGUUCACGCAAGUAUGCGCCAUCAUCAUGGACGAGCAGCACGACGGUGUCGUGGGCCUCAUGGGCAUCGCCGUUGCCGUCGGUCUCGCGGUCAUGGUGCUCAUCUUCUCCCUCAUCCACGUCUCCGGGUGCCACAUGAACCCUUCGGUGAGCAUUGCCAUGGCGGUCUUCGGCCACCUCCCGCUGGCCCACCUCGUCCCUUACAUCGCCGCGCAGGUGCUGGGCUCCACCGCCGCCUCGUUCGUCGGCCACGCGAUCUACCACCCCAUGAGUGGCGGGAUCGCCACCGUCCCGAGCGUCGGCACGGUGGAGGCGUUCGCCGUCGAGUUCAUCAUCACGUUCGUCCUUCUGUUCGUCAUCGUUGCGGUUGCCACGGACCCUCAUGCAGUGAAAGAACUGAUCGCAGUUGCAGUUGGCGGGACAAUAGUGAUGAAUAUUCUCAUCGCAGGGCCAGCGACAGGAGCAUCUAUGAAUCCAGCGCGAACGAUUGGGCCGGCAAUUGUUACGGGGAGAUACAGCAAGAUUUGGGUCUACCUGCUGGCUACACCACUGGGUGCUAUUGCUGGUGCUGGAGCUUAUGUUGCCAUUAAGUUGUAG